AUGUCAAGAGUUAUUGUUAAGGGUCUUCCUAAAAAUUGUACUGAAGAACAGUUGAAAAAAUUUUUUAAAGAUUAUGGAACUCUUACUGAUUGUAAGUUAAAAUAUUCAUCUGAUGGUAUUUUUCGCCAAUUUGGUUUUGUUGGUUUUGAAUCAGAAGAUUUGGGCAAAAAAGCAAUAAAAAAAUUAAAUGGAACUUUUAUGGGAACAAGUAAAGUUGUUGUUGAAGAAUGUAAAUCUUUUUCUGAUGAAAAUAAACCUCGAGCUUGGAGUAAGUAUAGUAAAGAAAGUAGUGCUUACAAAAGAUUACAUCCUGAUGAAUCACCAGACAAAAAUACUAAAAAAAUAAAGCUUAGUGGUGAUGACAAUGGAAAAUCAGAAAUGGAUCCAAAAUAUGAAGAAUUUUUAAAAUUUAAUAAAAUUAAUAUUUCAAAACCAGAUAAAUCUGACCAAAGUCAAAAAGAACCAGAUAUUGAAAUUUUAAAAAAUAUGAUAUUAAAUUUUACAGGAAAUAAAAGAGAUUCUUUGAUAUUUAGAGGUUUACCUUCAACUAUAAAACAAGUAAAUUUCAAGGAAUGGCUUAGUCCUAUAAAAUUUAAAUCAUUAGAAAUAAAACGAGGAAAUCAAGAAACUUUCAUGAUUGUAACAUUUGAAAAAAAUACAGAUUUAAGACGUGCUUUAAAAAGAGAUAAUCAAUAUUUAGGUGGAGAUAAAAUUAGAGUUAUAAAGUUUGCCGAACAACAAGGUAAAAAUACAAAAAAUGAUAAAAAAGAGGAAUCAUUAAUAAUAAAACAGGAGAAUGAAAAAUUAAUUGAAGAACAAACACAGAAAAUUUUAGAUACAGGAAGAUUGUUUGUAAGAAAUUUACCUUAUCUUGUUGAAGAAGCAGAUAUUAGAGCAAUUUUUAUAAAAUAUGGAGAAAUUGCUGAUUGUGAAGUUAUUAUUGAUAAGAAAACUGGUCGAAAUAAGGGUUAUGCUAUGGUAACUUUUGUCUUUCCUGAAAAUGCUGUAGAUGCAUUCACAAAAUUAGAUGGAACUAUUUUUAAAGGAAGGAUGCUUCAUAUUUUACCAGGUGAAGAAAAAACUGAAAAAUCAGAACUUCAAGCUGAAAAUCAAUUUGGUUUAUCUAAAUUCCAAAAAGAAAAACAGGCAAAAUUAAAAACUGCUGCUGGUAAAACUUAUUCAUGGAAUAUACUUUUUCUUGGUGCAAAUGCUGUAGCAGAAACUUUAGCUAAACGUUUAGAAGUUGAAAAAUCAGAAAUCUUAACUGGAGAGGGUGAUAAUACUGCUGGAGUUAAACUUGCUUUAGCAGAAACAGCUUUAGUUAGAGAAACUAGAGAUUUUUUAAUUAAAAAUGGAGUAAAAUUAGAUAGUUUUUCUAAUCCUGCUGCUAAGAGGAGUAAAACUGUAAUUAUAGCAAAAAAUUUACCUUCUAAUUUUAAUAAAGAUGAAUUAAGACGAAUGUUUGCUUAUUAUGGUGAUGUCAAGGAUGUAUUAAUGCCAUCUGAACACUCUGUUAGUGCACUUGUUAUAAUGGGAAAUCCUGUAGAUGCUAAAGCAGCUUUUUCUAAUCUUGCAUAUUCAAGAGUUCGAAGUCAACCACUAUAUUUAGAAUGGGCGCCGUAUGAUGUUUUUGAAAAUUCAGAUGAUUCUAAUAAACCUGAUGAAACUGAAGAUUUGAAGGAAGUUGAAAAUAAAAAGAAAGCUAAAAAAGGUGAUCUUACAAGUGAAGAGAAAAAGAUUUUGAGGCGAAGUAAAAAGCAUCAACAAAUUGAAGAAGAUGAGAAACAAUUAGUAAAUAAAGAAGAGUUUGAAGAAGAAAUUCAAGAUGAAGAAGAUAUAGAAGAUGAGGAAGAAAUUGAGGAUGAAGAUGAAGAAGAACUUGAAGAUGAAGAGGAUGUUGAAGAGGAAGAUUUAGUUAAAAAGGAAAAUGAUAAUGAAGACUUUUCUGAAGAUAUUCCAGAGCAUGAAGAUAAUGCUAGAGUUUUUGUUAAAAAUUUGAAUUUCGAAACUACAGAUGAAACAUUAUAUAAAGAAUUUUCUAAAAAAUAUAAUGUACAUUCAGCUACUGUAAGUAGAAAAAUUGAUGUAAAAACUCAGAAACAUACACUUUCUAUGGGUUUUGGUUUUGUACAAUUUUAUACAAAUGAAGAUGCUAUAGAUGCUGUUAAAACACUUCAAGGUAUGUUGAUUGAUGGGCAUUCUAUAGAAUUGAAAUUAUCAAUAAAAGAAAAAGAAAGUAUAGAUAAACAACGCAAGACUGUUGAUCAAGGUGAUCAGGGUGAAUGUACCAAAAUUAUGGUAAGAAAUAUUUCUUUUGCUGCUUCAAUAAAAGAAAUACGUGCAUUAUUUCAAAGUUUUGGUAAUGUUAAAGAUGUAAGGAUUCCUAAAAAGAUGGGUUCAGGAGGACAUCGUGGAUUUGGUUUUGUUGAAUAUAUGUCAAAAAGUGAAGCAAAACAUGCUUUUGAAAGUUUAGUUCAUUCUACUCACUUUUAUGGUCGUCGUUUGGUACUAGAAUGGGCACAUGAAGAUAAAGAUGAAGCAAAUGUAUAA